ACGUCACUUCCGGUAAGGUCCAGUUCUCCAGUGUUCCGUAGCUACGUCAACAGAAGGAUACAUAUGCCUUAUUUUCUUCUGUGGAGCCAUCUUUUACAACAUUGACUCAUAUUCUACUGGUUGUAAUAAUUCCAAGUUUGACUACAAUUAAAGUUUCUUAACGCUCAUCUGUAUUUUCGCUUCUGGUUGCUGAAGGUAGCAAAUAUGUCGGCAGAUCUGGACCUGUCUCCUCCUGAAGUCCCAGAGCCGACUUUUUUAGAGAGCCUACUGCGAUACGGGCUGUUUCUUGGUGCCAUCUUCCAGCUGGUCUGCAUCCUGGCCAUCAUUGUCCCAACCCCCAAAGGGCAUGAAAAGGAGGAGAGCGAGUCCACUAACGGUAAGGUGGCCGAGCAGACAAAGAAACCUAAAGGACCAGUGCCUCAAAUUCGACCGAAAUCAAAGAAAGAAAGCAAGAAGAAGCGAUAAAUGUGUGUCUGUGUGUCGUUACUAAGUAAAGUUGUCAACUCGUCAUAUUUUAGCCAGUAUUGCUUUUUAGUAUCAUCAAACACUAACCAUCACGGUCCUAUAAUAGCAUUUGUUUUUAUCAACUGGAUGCUCGUCUGUCUUUCUGUGUUGGCCCUGCGAUGAGGUGGCCACUUGUCCAGGGUGUACCCUGCCUUACGCCCCUUACGAUGGAUGGAACUUUGCAAAUAAAUACAUUGUUGU